UGCCGAUUUGACCUUUCGUCCUUCUCUAUCUCUAUCCCAAUCCCGACACCACCGAAGAAGAAGACGAAGACGAAGAAGGGAACUCGCAGACGCAAACUUCCCCCCGGGAAAACUCUAGAAACCGUUAGUUAAAAAAAAAUGUGCGAGCCCGAUGAUAAUACUACCGCCAGAAACGGCGUCACACCUCCACCUACGAGGUCAAGAGAGCUUCUGAUGGAUGUAGACGACUUGGAUCUCGACGGCUCGUGGCCUCUGGAUCAGAUCCCUUACUUGUCCUCGUCGAAUCGCAUGAUAUCUCCGAUUUUCGUCUCCUCUUCCUCCGAGCAGCCUUGCUCUCCUCUCUGGGCGUUCUCCGACGCCGUCGGAGGAACCGUUAACCACGGAGGAGACGAUGAGAAGAUCUGCUCCGCCUCCGGUGUUCCUUCGUUUCGUCUCUCGGAUUAUCCUCUCUUCCUCCCUUACUCUUCUUCACCAUCAGUGACAGUGGCUGAGAACACCACAGAGAAGCAUAACGGUUUCCAGUUUCCUUCUCCGUUGAUGAGCCUAGUCCCGCCGGAGAACACAGACAACUACUGCGUGAUCAAAGAGAGGAUGACUCAGGCGCUUCGCUACUUCAAAGAAUCAACCGAGCAACACGUCUUGGCUCAGGUGUGGGCUCCUGUGAGAAAGAAUGGUCGUGAUUUGCUGACGACUUUGGGUCAACCUUUUGUUCUUAAUCCUAACGGUAACGGGCUUAAUCAAUACAGGAUGAUCUCUCUCACCUAUAUGUUUUCUGUGGAUAGUGAGAGUGACUUUGAGCUCGGUCUCCCCGGUCGGGUUUUCCGUCAGAAACUGCCCGAGUGGACUCCCAAUGUCCAGUACUAUUCCAGCAAAGAAUUCUCCCGGCUUGACCACGCCUUGCACUACAACGUGCGUGGCACGCUGGCCUUGCCUGUCUUUAAUCCCUCUGGUGAGUCAUGCAUAGGGGUUGUGGAACUUAUCAUGACCUCGGAGAAGAUUCACUAUGCACCCGAAGUGGACAGAGUUUGCAAAGCCCUCGAGGCUGUAAAUCUGAAAAGCUCAGAGAUACUUGAUCACCAGACCACUCAGAUAUGCAAUGAGAGUCGCCAAAACGCACUUGCCGAGAUUCUGGAAGUGCUGACAGUUGUAUGCGAGACCCAUAACUUGCCUCUGGCUCAGACUUGGGUUCCAUGCCAGCAUGGGAGCGUUCUUGCCAAUGGUGGCGGUCUAAAGAAAAACUGCACCAGUUUUGACGGUAGCUGCAUGGGCCAAGUUUGCAUGUCCACAACCGACAUGGCGUGCUAUGUCGUGGAUGCUCAUGUCUGGGGUUUUAGAGAUGCAUGUCUUGAACACCAUCUCCAGAAAGGACAGGGAGUUGCUGGACGAGCUUUUCUCAAUGGUGGCUCGUGUUUCUGCAGAGACAUCACCAAGUUCUGCAAAACGCAGUACCCGCUGGUCCAUUACGCGCUCAUGUUUAAGUUAACCACUUGUUUCGCAAUCUCUCUCCAGAGCUCUUACACAGGCGACGACAGUUACAUUCUUGAAUUCUUUCUUCCCUCUAGUAUAACAGACAACCAAGAGCAAGAUUCGCUGCUGGGUUCUCUUUUGGUGACAAUGAAAGAACAUUUCCAGAGUCUGAGGGUUGCAUCUGGGGUUGACUUUGGUGAAGAUGACGACAAAUUGUCCUUCGAGAUCAUCGAAGCAUUGCCGGACAAGAAGAUUCAUUCACAAAUAGAAUCCAUUCGAGUUCCCUUUUCUGGUUUCAAGUCAAACGCGACUGAGACGCUGUUAAUUCCUCAACCUGCGGUUCCGUCGUCUGAUCACGUGAACGGCAAAACCAACGUGGCCCCUGUAAACGGUGUGGUUAAGGAGAAGAAGAAAACAGAGAAAAAGCGUGGGAAGACUGAGAAAACUAUCAGUCUGGAUGUACUUCAGCAGUAUUUCACCGGAAGUCUCAAAGACGCUGCAAAGAGCCUAGGAGUUUGCCCGACGACAAUGAAGCGAAUUUGCAGACAACACGGAAUCUCGCGGUGGCCAUCGAGAAAGAUCAAGAAAGUGAAUCGCUCAAUCACAAAGCUGAAACGCGUCAUCGAAUCUGUUCAAUGUACUGAUGGAGGCCUCGACUUGACUUCCAUGGCCGUUAGCUCCAUUCCUUGGACACACGGUCAAACAGCAGCGCAGCAACUAAACUCACCCAGCGGUUCCAAACCACCCGAGCUACCAACCACCAACAAUUCACCUAACCACUGGUCAAAUGAACACAGUCCUCCCGAGCCAAACGGUUCGCCUGAGUUACCAAGCAAUGGUCAUAAGCGGUCACGGACGGCGGAUGAGAGCGCUGGGACCCCGACAUCUCACGGUUCAUGUGACGGUAACGGUAACCAAUUAGAUGAAACAAAAGUCCCAAGCCAAGAUCCGCUGUUCACAGUGGGUGGAGGACCACCGGGGCUAUUCUUUCCACCUUAUUCUAGAGAUCAUGACGUAUCCGCAGCAUCUUUCGCAAUGCCAAACAGGCUUCUUGGUACUAUAGACCAUUUCCGAGGAAUGCCCAUUGAAGACGCUGGAAGUUCAAAAGAUCUGAGGAAUCUCUGCUCUACUGCAGCAUUUGAAGAUAAGUUUCCAGACUCGAACUGGAUGAACAAUGAUAAUAACAGCAACAACAACAUGUACGUUCCUCCAAAGGAAGAGGAAGUGGCAAAUAUUACACGGGAACCACCAUCAGAGUCAGAAAUGAGGACGGUAACCAUAAAAGCAAGUUACAAAGAAGACAUAAUACGGUUCAGAAUACCCUCAGGUUCUGGUAUAACGGAACUGAAGGAUGAAGUGGCGAAGAGGCUGAGAAUUGACGCAGGUACGUUUGAUAUCAAGUAUCUUGACGAUGAUAAUGAAUGGGUUUUGAUAGCUUGUGAUGCUGAUCUUCAAGAAUGUCUCGAGAUCCCUAGAUCCUCCCGUACUAAUAUAGUACGGCUCCUGGUUCAUGAUGUAACAGCGAACCUCGGGAGCUCCUGCGAGAGCACAGGAGAAUUGUAAAUAGUUUUUUUUUUACUGUUUAGGGUUGUUUGUUUUUGUUUUUUUCUAUUGUUCUUGGGUGAGGAACAAGCAAAAGAAUGUGUAUGGGGGACAAAGGUGUAAGAAAAAAAAAACAUUUGUUUGUAACUGUAAGUGGGAGAGUGAAGUUAGAAGUCAAUUGUAUUUGGAAACUAAUUCCACA